AGCCAGUACCCGUACAACUUGACGCGCGUGCGUGUUAAAAAGUUAACCUGUCAAACUUUUACUUUUAAAACUAUAUGUGUGCAUAGAUACGUGGCGUGUUUUUUUAAACAUGGCGAUCUCUUUAGUGAGGAUGGGACUAAGGUCCGCUAUUUUCAACUUGGAACGGAGUGCCGCUAUUAUAUCAAGCCCCAGUGCCCAAAAUCAAUUGAAGUUAAUCCACACAAAACCGAUAUGCAACGGCAGUGUCUGCUAUCUAUCGGAGAAGCCCCGCGAGGAGCAGGUGGUAGAGAGCGCCAUCAGGCGGUACAGCAAACAGCACGGAAGGCCCGAGGAGAACAGGAGGAAACAGGACAGCGAUAGUGACAGCGCUAGCGACUCUGAUACUGAAUGCAAGGGACAUGAUCGAUCAGAAUUCUGGCGGCGCAAGAUGCGCACAGUGCACAACAUCCUGGACGUGGACAAGGACGGCCUGAUCUCCUUCAACGACUUCAAACUCUUCGCCAACCGGUUCCAGAGCCUUGGGCAUCUGGAUGAGCAGCAGGCGAAAGAGUUCUCUGAGAUUAUUAAGCACACGUGGGAGGAGCAGUGGGGCGCCAUCGACCCGUACAACUUCGUGACGGUGGAACAGUACUUAGAGGACAUGCACCACGUGCUCAACGACAAGACGCUCAAGAAGAAAGCGCACCGCUGGCUGCCGUACCUGUUCAAAGCAGUAGACAAGGAUAAGUCCGGCUUCAUCUCAGUGAAGGAGUUUAAGCUGUUCUUCCAGUGCCUGGGGCUGGACAACGAGCACGCGGCCGUUGCUUUCGCCGUCAUCGAUGUCAAUGGGGACGGAAAACUCUCUCUUAAAGAGUUCGUAAAACUCGGCAAGGACUUCUUCUUCACCGAGGACGAGAAGCGAGUAUCCAAGAUGUUCUGGGGCCCUCUAGUCGUAGUGUAAACCUUAGCGUAGCUCACUAACGGCCCAGCCACGACAUUUGUCCACGCGCGGCAGCGGUGAGCGGCGGCCAUACAUUGAAGCGAGACACAGCGAUGGGACUUUUCAUUCGCACGUAUGGCUGCCGCUCACCGCUAUCGCGCUUAGACUAAUGUCGUGGCCGGGCCGUAAGAGUCAUAUUAGUUUGUAAGCUAGGCGUCCAUAUAAACUCAAUACUGUUUGCAAAGAACCUUGUCGUUUUGAAGAAUAGUAAGAGAUUUCUUACAAUUUGAAUUGUUAAGUUAUUUUGACAUAGUUCCAUUGCAGAAGGAAAUUGUGUGUAAAGUUGAAACUUUAAUACGAUAUGAUGUUUAAUGGAUUGGUUCUAAUAUUACGAAAUAUUUGCAAGGUUUUAAAAAAUCUUGAAUUUUAAUAGAAUUAAAAUAAAUUCGUUAAUUAUAUGUACAUAGAAAAUCAGAUGAAAUAAUACGAAAAACUAAAAUUAUCUUAUGAUGGUAUUGUGUCAAUUAAUGGUAGAUUUGUAGACUAAUAAUCUACUAUUUGACCAUAUAAUUUGAGUUUAACUAUUGUAACUAAAUUGGUUUUCUAUGUAAUAUAAACCAAAAGCAUUUAAAAAUCAAUAUCUACAUUAAAAUGGUCUGUAAUGACGCUAAAUUGAAUACAUACCAAAUACCAUCAGUAAUGUUGACGAUAAUUAUAUAACACACAUAAUAAUAACAUUCUAUUAUUAUUGACAGUGUAGUUGCAAAACAAUUAUAAGAAUAUAAAAAAAUGUAUCGAAGGAAUGACAAUAUUUAUUGAUAACAUUAUUACUGAUAGUGUAUUGGCCUGUAAUUUUGCAACUAUCAUACUAAGUUUGUUUGUAGACAUUCCUAUGUUAAGCUUUUCUUAUGAAUUAAGUUUUAUGAUUGACUCGCUCAAUAUUUGAGCGUAGAAAAAAAAGAAAAUAAUUAUAAAAUAAACAAAAAAAGAAUCUCAAAUAAAGUUUUGAUAUUAAUAAUUA